GAGGAACAGAGGCCGAGAAGAAGUCGCUGCUGCAGCAGGAAAAGAAAAAGGGCUGAAAAUGAAGAACCUCUCUUUCCUCUUCAUCUUCGGGAUUUCUUUCUUUCCUCUCCUCUGUUUCUCUUUCGAUCCAGAAACGCCAACGGAUCGCCGAGUCUUAGUAUUACUUGACGAUUUCUCACUCAAAUCGUCUCACUCCAUUUUCUUCAACUCCCUCAAAUCCCGCGGUUUCGACCUCGACUUCAAACUCGCCGACGAUCCUACUCUCUCUCUCCGACGCUACGGCCAGUACCUCUACGACGCCUUGAUCCUCUUCUCUCCCUCCACGGAACGGUUUGGUGGAUCUUUGGACUUGGCGGCGGUGCUUGACUUCGUUGACUCCGGUCACGACUUGAUAGUAGCAGUUGAUGCGUCUGCUUCUGAUUUGAUUAAGAACAUUGCGACUGAAUGUGGAGUUGAUUUCGAUGAGGAUUCAUCGGCAAUGGUUAUUGAUCACAAAAGCUAUGCGAUUUCGGGAACUGAGGGUGACCAUACAUUGAUUGCCAGUGAUGAUUUUAUCCAAUCUGAUGUCAUUUUAGGAAAAACCAAAAUCAAGGCGCCAGUAAUUUUCAAAGGGAUUGCACAUUCUGUAAAUGCGGCUAAUAACCUGGUUUUGAAGGUGCUUUCUGCAUCCCCUUCAGCCUAUUCUGCUAACCCAAAAUCCGAAUUGUCAAGCCCUCCAUUGCUUACUGGAUCUGCCAUUUCUUUGGUGUCAGUUGUGCAGGCUAGAAACAAUGCUCGGAUCAUGAUUGCGGGCUCUCUGGAUUUGUUUAGUAACCGGCUGUUAAGAACUGCUGUGCAGAAAGCCGGGAGCCCAGAUAAAUAUGAGAAAUCAGGUAAUGAGCAGUUUGUGACAGAAAUUAGCAAAUGGGUCUUCCAUGAAAGGGGUCACUUGAAGGCUGUUAAUCUUAAGCAUAACAAAGUUGGAGAAACUGAUGAGCCUGCAAUUUAUAGGAUCAAAGAUGACCUGAAAUUUUCUGUCAAGAUAUAUGAGUGGUCUGGAAAAAGCUGGGAGACCUAUGUGGCAGAUGAUGUUCAGGUCCAGUUUUACAUGAUGAGCCCUUACGUUCUAAAAACACUAUCAACUGAUGGAAAGGGGUUGUAUCAUGCAUCAUUCAAGGUGCCUGAUGUUUAUGGGGUAUUUCAGUUUAAGGUUGACUAUCUCAGGCUUGGCUACACUAGCUUAUCUCUUUCCAAACAGAUUCCAGUUCGACCCUUCAGGCACAAUGAAUAUGAGAGAUUUAUAACAACUGCUUUCCCGUAUUAUGGAGCUUCUUUUACCACGAUGGCUGGAUUCUUUAUCUUCAGCAUUCUCUACCUGUAUAACAAGUAAGACCUGUCAAUUGAAGAGAAUUGGAUUAUCCUCAAUGUAGUUCUUGGCUGUCUUUUUGAACAAAAAAGGAACAUGAAAAAUUGACUGCUCAUCCUUCUUUUGAGAUAUAUCUACUUGGAAGCUAGAUUAGGGCUUUAGAUUGGUUACACAGAGUCAUCGAGGGCUUAGAUUGGUGAGGACAUGAGUUUGCUGUCAGCUUGAUAGCUUUUAGUUUAAUCAUAUGAUGGAUUAUUUGAAACUGUUUAUUGGAACAUCAUCCAAAUGUGAACGUCAAACUAUCUAACAUUCACAUUGUAGUGAAAUUAUAAUGUUAUGACCAUGACAAGUGAAGACUUUUAAACGAAGGAAGUGAAAGCAAUAUGAUUUUGAUGGUGAACAAA